AUGUCUGAGGUAGCGGAGAACGGCGGGCGCUGUACACCGCCAACUGUCGCAACCAGGAAGGCGCCACACCCAGUGUCCGUGCACUUUCUGGGAACUUGUAGUGUCUUCGACGCCGCUGAUGGCACCAACAACCGCCUGCAUCAGAGCGCGCUGCGCAUGGUCAACAUCUCGCGCCUUUUCGUGACGCACAUGCACGCAGACCAUGUCCUGGGUAUCGUGGCCAUCAUGGCGGUCAUUAUGAGUGGAGUGGGGCAGUCCGAGGCGGGGCUUGAGCGCCUGCGGGCGGCUGGGACGGCCAAGAAGGCGGAUAUCAACAUCUACGGACCGGUUGGGCUGCGCGAGCUCAUCCGCACCACGCUACGCCUCACGAAGGCCACCCUCUCCGGCGCGUACGCCGUGCACGAGCUCGUGCCGCCUGGCGCGGAGAAGGGCGCCGGGUGCUCCGAGUCGGAGCUGCACGUUAACGAAGCGGUGGGCCGCGACGUACUCGCCAACGAGGAGGGCGUUUGGGAGAUGAUCGUGGACGAGCGCUCGACCAAGGGCACCAAGGGCUGGAUGGUCAGCGCUGGGCCCCUAGUGCAUCGAGUACCCUCUAUUGGCUAUGUCCUACAGGAGCCAGCAUCUCGCAAGCCUCUGGACACGGCACGCUUGAUCCCUCUCCUGCAAGCUAAUGCAAAGGAGCUCGCGGCACAGGACCCACCUGUUCGGCACCCGCUGUCGCUUCUGAGCCAUCUCAGCUCGCUCCCGCCACCACCACCACUGACGCUGCCUUCUGGCGAGGUGAUACACCCUCCCGAACCGACAGGCGAGCCAGGGCGCAAGCUCGUCAUCUUCGGGGACUGCGCAGGCGGUACACCUAACGAGGCGCUGCAACGUAUGUGCCAUGACGCAUCUCUACUCGUGCAUGAGUGCACAAAUGCCGCAAUUCCCGAGAGCGUCGGUAAGGGCGACCGUGGGCGCGCGGUGCGCGCGAGCGGCCUAGAACAGAGCUUAGAGGCGAAGCGGAGCAAGGAGUUUGACCAGGCAGCCAAAGAUCGCGGCGUUGUGCGCGAGCCGUGGAUCUUCCACGGCAACCACCAGACAACGAGUUCGGCUGUCAAGGCGGUCGAGGCGUUCGCCGACAAGCGCGAUGCGACUCGCGUCAAGGCGCGCUCGCGCGGCCACGCCACGCCUGACGAGGUCGGCGAGUUUGCGUACGCCAUCAAUGCGCGCCGCGUGGCAGUCAACCACUUCUCUGCCAUGUUCCCCUCGCCGCGCUUCGCGACAAACGAGCCCUUCCCCGCGCUGUUGGGGCCAAUGAGCCCGUACCCCUAUCCCGUACCUGCGGCCGAGUUUGUGGGUGUCAAGGCGUUGCCGCUCAACACCUCGGAACUUCACCUGCGCGUCAUCAUCCAGAGUCUCGUCAACCAGAUCAGCGCAAUCUGGAACGGCCCGAACUGCCACGAUCACGCGCUACAGGGCCCCGAGCCGCACCUCAUCAAGCUCGCAGUCGCUGCGCGCGACUUUAUGGUGCUUCGUGUGCCCAGCCAUGAACUGAGCGAGAGCGAGGUCGAAGCGAUGCGCGGAGCACGCGAGGACUCUGUUAGCGUCAUGAGGAGCUGGUCGUGUGACGGAGGCGCGUGGGUCGGCGAGGGCGGGGAGUGGCAUUGGAUUGGCGUCGAUCCUCCGCCAGCGAUGGGGAACAGGAUGCACGACGUUGUGCCCAAGGACGUCAGGUUAGACGGCACGGGGUAG